AUGGACGCCUCGGCAAUAAAUACCUCCGUUGCAACACCGCCAAACCACCAUUCAACGGCAGCAGCCAUGACGUCGUCGCUCAUCCUCCACCUCAUCGCCCUCGUCCUCGUCCUCGUCGCCGCGGCCAAGGCGACCACCAUAACCGUGGUGAACCGGUGCUCCUACACGAUAUGGCCGGGCGCGCUCCCAGGCGGCGGCGCGCGCCUAGACCCGGGCCAGUCGUGGCAGCUCAACAUGCCAGCCGGCACCGCGGGCGCCAGGGUGUGGCCGCGCACGGGGUGCACCUUCGACGGCAGCGGCCGCGGACACUGCAUCACCGGCGACUGCGCGGGCGCGCUGUCCUGCCGCGUGUCAGGCGAGCAGCCCGCCACGCUGGCCGAGUACACGCUGGGGCGGGGCGGGAGCCAGGACUUCUUCGACCUGUCCGUCAUCGACGGCUUCAAUACGCCCAUGAGCUUCCAGCCCGUCGCCGGCGCGCCGUGCCGUGCGGCGACCUGCGCCGUGGACAUCACCAGGGAGUGCCUGCCGGAGCUGCAGGUGCCGGGAGGGUGCGCGAGCGCGUGCGGCAAGUUCGGCGGCGACACGUACUGCUGCCGGGGCCAGUUCGAGCACAACUGCCCGCCGACGAACUACUCGAGGUUCUUCAAGGGCAAGUGCCCCGACGCCUACAGCUACGCCAAGGACGACCAGACCAGCACCUUCACAUGUCCCGCCGGAACAAACUACCAGAUCGUCCUCUGCCCCGCCCGAAAUGAUUUACACAUGGAUCAGUAA